AUGCCCAACUCGUAUCAAUAUACGAACUCCAAUCGACCGCCUACCUCCGCGCCCCCUGCCCCAGAAUGGCGAGUCCCGGCAGCACCACCGAGGCCAUCAGGGCGCCCAGUCGCAAGCCCCCCACCACCGCCGCCUCCUCCGUCCUACAACCCGGCAACGGCCAGCUACGGUCCGAGUCCUAGUUACAGUCCGAUUCCAGGAAGCGCUGGCGCAAACGUGCCCCCGAUCUCUGGCUUUGCCGGCGUCAGUACCGCAAGCUGGGGCGUGAACUACAACAGGCAGAACUAUAUGCAGACGCCGCCUCCUCCGCUGCCACCUCGACCUUCAAGUACCUCUGGCCAACAGCCCAAUGCCCAGUCUCCGAUAGUAAGCCCCGCGGAUUUCUACCAGCCUUCGGCAGCCGCGGUUCCGAGCUAUGGAGGUCAGGCACCGACGGGAGAUUAUCACCAGCAGUGGAAUUCGAAUCCUGCCUAUCCGCUUCAGCAGCCUGCUACUUCUUUGACACCUCCGCCACCACCUCCGCCGCCUGUUCCGCCAGUGGUCGAUACACCUUCCUAUCAGAACAAUCCGCCGGUAGCAUCGCAGACCCAGCAGUCCUGGAAUCAGCCACCAGUGCCGUCAUAUCACAACAUUCCGCCGAAUUAUCAUUAUCCUCCCAGUACCAGUCCUAGUCAUCCAAGCCCUCCUCCGGCUCAGCCGGCACCCGACUUCUACCAGAAUCAGAAUGUUCAGCCAGGUGGUUCAUUUCAGCCAGAUGGGACAGUGCCACAGUCUACAGCGUCUGCUCCGCCUGUGCCUCCGAAAGCUGGUCCUUCCGUGUUAGGAUCCGGAGGCCCCUCAGAUUGGGAGCACCUCUCUCCCACCGCGGGUGAUAUUGAUGAUGUAGCUGUUUUCAGACCCAGGCUAGACACCCCGGUAAAUGCCGGCUACGGAUUGACUUCGGAUCAUGGGGCUGGCACUCCGGGGACUGUAGGAAACGGUCACUCGCCAGCCCCUUCAUUUUCGAACCUAGACUAUACGAAGCCAGCAGUGAGCGCAGAGUCAUCUCAGCAUUACUUGGGGCAGUCACCUACCAGUCCAGGAACUCACUAUGAUUUCCAGCCGCCUGCUCAUCCGGUCAGGAUGGACACUGUCGGGUCAGAUUAUACCGCGGUGUCUGUUAUUGCUAACUCCGAAAACAUCGACGGCGUUAUUGAAGCAUGGAAUAAGCCCAUCUCAGCGGAUCACAGAUCUUCAUCGAUCCAGCAGAGCCCUAGAAUCGAACCAGAGCCGAUCAAUAGACCGUCGUCAGUACAACAGAGCCCCAGAGUUGAGCCGGAGCCGGUCUCCCUUCAUUCGACACCAAGUCCGGUAGAAACUCCCUUAGCAAAGCAGCGGGAACCUGCAGCGCCGGGAGAAAGGGCUCAGAUUGACCGAGUCGGUAGCGUGAAGGGUGUCAACGAAUCUGUCAGAACAACGGAAUCUCCUCGGCCUCCAUCCAGGCAAGUAGAUCGCUAUGACGAUCUUGAUUCCUGGUCGCAGUCCUCUUUAGAGCGCUAUGUGGCCAUGUUGCGGAAAGAGGCUGUUGCUGACUCCGAUGAGGAGCGCUUCAAGAUCUUCACAACUUUUAUGGCCAAGGAAACAAAGCUGCGUGAAAUCUUAUACAGCAUCGAACAUGAGGCCGACGCCGCUGCAAGUGCCCCAAAGCAACCGCCUACAAUCCAAACUCCGUUGAAGGAGCCAGAAGAUGUUAAGCCGAAACAGCCCACUCCCGAUGAAUCGGGCUUGAUACCCGUCGAAACUGAAGAGGGAUAUUUUGCGCCGGCCAGCAAUUCGGACGAUGUGGAAGACGGCAGUUAUAGUCCAGGCGGACGCCCUAUACUUCCCAGGCUCCAUACCCCUCACCCUGCAGCUCUCCAUAGGUCAGCAUCCAACCCGGGAGGCCAUAAGUAUACCGCAAGUCACGCUGUCGCAGCACAUGCGCUACGGUCUACAUCGGUACCGCCCAACGAAGGUCCAGUAUACUCACCUCUCUCAACGAAUCCACCGCAGCGAAUCUAUACGCCCUUUAAAUAUACUGAAGGGCCUCAGAGAGGCUCUGACAAACUACAAAUCGAACGGCCAGCGUACCAAGCUUACUCUGCUUUGCGUCAGGCACAAGCAGAAAGUGGACGUGUGAUGGCGGACACGCCGGCGCCAACUGAAGGCAAUCGGAAGCGGGCUACCUCCGGUGCUUCUAUCCAGAACGAGAUGGACGAAACCUUUGUUGGUUUGAUUCGAGAAAAGAGUGUCACGUAUCGAAAGAAACCCCCUCAGACUUCAACGCCUCCACCCCUGCCACUUUCUCUUCGACAAGGGAAACCGCCCGGUCCAGUUGAGGAGCUGCGCACUGUCACCUCGUCGCCUGUGAAUAGGCAGUCUGAAAGCUUGUUGCACACUACGGUGAGAAGGGACCUGGAAAAGUAUCCUAACGACUUUAGUUGGGUACGUGAGACCGGUCGAACCUGGGAAGCGGCUAGUAAGACUCGCAAGGAGAACCUAGACAAAGAACGAGUCAAACGUCAGGAGGAGUCUGAAAGCCAUAUUGAUGCAUUGUUCAAUGGCAAGGAGAUUGGCUAUGCAGAUAUCAACAUCCUCGAGGAAGAGUUUCGCCAAACGGAAGCACGUACCCAGCUGGAGGAGGAACGAAAAGAACUCGAGGACUUCAUUUCCAACGUCUAUGAACCGGUGGAUAAGCGGUUGAAAGAGGAAAUAUCUACCCUACAAGUCCAUUACGACUCUGCACUCACCCAGCUUGACCGGGAGAACAGCAACAAUCAAGACGGCGCAGACAAGCAAAGCAUAUCUCACACAAUGAAGAUUGUGAACGAGAUCUAUAGUCGACUUGAGAUGAGACACCACAAGCGUCUAGAAAUUGCUUUGGACCGCGAGCGUCGGCGAAAGAAGGCCGAGAGACGGCCUCUUGUUUUCAUGGGUGAUUCUGCGGCGCUGAAAAAGCUCGACAGCGAGUUUGAUCAAAUGGAAAAACAGAAUGUCCUAGAGGCCGCACGAGCCCGGGAUGAAAGGGCAAACAGGCUCAUGGACCUAUUCGACGAUGCCAUCAUGCGUGGACUCGGAGAGAAUCAGAGUCUCCUCGAUGAGCUCUCAGCCAAGGUGACCCGAGUCGAUGAAGCCGCCAUUCGCUCAUCCGGCCUCCCAGACGCAGAAAUCGAACAGAUCCUCAAAUCCGUACACAGCUUGGUAGAGUGCCUUCGCAAAGACUCCGAGUCCAGCCUCCACAGCUUCGGCGUCGCCGACUCGGCCCUCAACAACGCGGACUACAGCGUAUCCGUCGCCGAGGCCCGCUACUCCAAUGCAGAACCCGAAGUGUUCCGCCAGUUAGAUGCCGAGAAGAGGAAGGAAGACGCCAAGAUCCAGGAUAACCUGCGCACCAAGCUGCAGAGUGUCCGCGUUGGACCUGCAAAGAUCACCGUUGCAAUCAACGACGCCCUGCGCAUACUAGGGAAAACGCCUUUUCCUGAGCCGCCGGUUUCUGCGGACGUCAUUCCUAUCGGUCAGCUUUACGAUGUCUCCCUGCCGAACCCUGCUGUGCGACCUGCUAGUACGGUGGGGAUAGCGGCGAGGAAGAUGGAGACAGACCCGGAGCAUCGGGACCGGCUGCGCAAGGCGCUGGAGGAUGCGAAGAAGCGCAAUGCGGCGAGACAGCGCUCGCCAUCUGCGGCUGCGAAAGAAUGA